GGGGGCCGUUAAGGACGCAACAGAGCCGUGAAGUGAAUUCUCCAGCCAAGUUCACCCUGAAGUCCUUGGCGCACCUAAAUCCUACUAAACCCGUCGCUCAGGUUUCCGAAUAGCCGCUCAAGACAUUAUAGACGCUUCUUCGGUUCCGACAACCCAUCCCCAGCCCGUCCUGUCAACGCGGCCCUGGGUUGCGGCGUGAUGCCGCUCUUUGGGCUUCUCCAGAGCCGGGCUCGCUCGGUUUGGAGGAAUCACAGCGCUUGCACUCUCACAAGUAGUGCCCAUUUUCUUUCGGGCUGGGGGCACAACAAAGCCCUCGUAAUGGGUCUGAAUGCACAGGGCUAACGCGAAAGCAAGGCCCCGUCAGGAGUAAUUGGAGCGCCCCUUCUACUUCCGCGGCAGCGGCGGCGGAGGGGCUACAACCAAAGAAAAAACGAAGGGCCAGAGCUCCAGCCACCACUCACCGAUACAGCUAUCCACCGUUCUGUUUGCGGAAGCGGCGCCUCGCCACGCGAGGAAGCUGAAAUUCAUCAGUUGCCAUCUUCAAAAUGCAGUGGAAUGUACCUAGGACUGUAUUCCAGCUGGCACAUAGGACAUGCAUGGAACCAUAUAAAGCUGGUCUUUUUGGACACUGUCAAAACAUAAAGGGACCAUUAUUUUUGCAUAAAGUUGAAUCCAGAGUAGUUUUGGUACAGGACCCUCAAAAACAACGGGUGCACUUAACCACUGCCCAGUGUGUUGCAAAGGAAAAGAAGCAAUUUAAUGCUCAUCCACCUCAACCAGGAGGCUUACCCAGUAAGCAGUGGGAGCAAGACAUUUUAUGCAGGAGGCUUGUAUCAUCCAGUGCCUCCUCCCCAGGAACUCCUUCAGGAAAAAAGGAAGAACCUGAUCCUUUGCAAGACAAAUCUAUUAGUCUUUAUCAGCGAUUUAAGAAGACAUUUAGACAAUAUGGAAAAGUUUUGAUUCCAGUGCAUCUAAUAACUUCUGGUAUUUGGUUUGGAACAUUUUAUUAUGCAGCCAUAAAAGGAGUGAAUGUCGUUCCUUUUCUAGAACUCAUUGGGUUACCUGACAGCAUAGUAAACAUUCUGAAAAAUUCCCAGAGUGGAAAUGCACUAACAGCAUAUGCCUUGUUUAAGAUUGCUACACCUGCCCGCUAUACCGCGACUUUGGGAGGAACCUCCCUCACUGUGAAGUAUUUACGCAGUCGAGGCUACAUGUCAACACCACCCCCUGUGACAGAGUAUCUACAGGACAGGAUGGAAGAGACAAAGGAACUUCUCACAGAGAAAAUGGGAGAGACAAAGGAUAGACUCACGGAAAAACUGCAAGAAACCAAAGAAAAGGUUUCUUUUAAGAAAAAAGUGGAAUAGGGUGCCUUAUGUAAUAGGCUAUAGAUAGUUCUUGCACUUUAACCCUCUGGAGACUAUGGACAAAGAUACGUGCUCCUAAAUAUUUUUUUGUAGUAUGUUGCCUAAAUAUGCCAGUUGUCUGAGGGUUAAAUAACUAAGAUACCUUUUUAGAGUUAAAUAUCAAUGGAAAAAAUCUGUGUUUUUUGAAAAGGGAAAAGGAACUGAGUAUAAGAAUUUCACAUCAAUGGCAGCAUUAAGCAAUGGUUAAUGUCUUACAAGUCAGAGCUCUUUUUCAAGGUCUUCAGAAUGAUGCUUGCUUUAUGUUUUGUUGCAGUUGAUAAUUUAUACAAAGUAGGUGACUCCUUGAAUAACUGAUGGGGCCCUGGACAGGAUGUUAACACUGGGUCUUCAUCUUUAUGCUGUUCAUGGAGGUUUUAACUGUAUUCAUUUUUCAGUUGUGGAGACAAACUGUUAUCAUUGAGACUGCCAGCAAAUAAGAGGUUAUUUAGUCUUUGUAUAAAUAUAGUAUAUAGCAGUUACAUACCAGUUAAAAUAGAGACUUAAUAUGAAGAAAGGUGAAUAGUUUGAGUCACAUAUAUGUGAAUAAGAUGUAUUGACUAUAUGUAAAUGAAAAAUUGGCCCUUUAGAAAUGAUUUUUACCUGAAGCUUAUCAUAAUCAAGUUUUUUAAAGGAAAUAUAUAUGGUCAUACUACUUUUCCAUUUAGAACAUAAAAGUAAGUAAAUUGUUUGUGUCCUUUUCAACUAAUCUUUCAGAGGAAAAGUGACAAUAAUUAUACCUUAAGGUUAUGGUUGAAAUCAAAUAUCUUAAGCAGCAACUUAGGCUUGUGGUUCUUAGGCAGACACAGGUCUGGAGGAGGGUAAAGGGUUCCAGCUGAGGAACUGCUGAGGGUUGCCCUGCCUCCAAGACAGCCUUUGUCUCCACAAGCCAGCACCUUCUCCCAGUGUCUUCAUUUCAGAGUUGACGCUGGUUUCAUAAUGGAAUAAAUUUGUAAAUUGCAGCUGCUCCUUUUCCCCUCAUAUUGAAAUAUCCUUGCCUGAGCAUUUCACUUGAAUUUUUUUUUAAUAGCAAAACUAUCAUUAAAUGAUCUGCUUAGAAUGAAAUUAAGCUGGUGUCAGAUGUCAAAGUUGCUAUGAUGGUGUGGGUAUGUUUGAGGAUGGGUGUCUCUCUUUCCUUUUACUCCAUUUCCUUUGGUUCUAACCCUUGAAUUGGUAUCUGAAGAGGGAAUGGGCUCUAUCUAGAUCAUCUUUGUUUUGAGUGUCUGGUAAACGGAGAGACAGUCAGAGGCCCUGGCAGAAACAGCCCUGCAGGGAUCAGUGCUCAUCAGCAGGAUUUUCUGUUAAAUACUUAGUAUGGCCAAAUUUAGAAAAUACUUUUUAAAGGGAAAAAAGUUUACAUUUGAAACAUCUGAUUCCCAUUAUAUUGGAAGCAUCUCCAUUAUAUUGGAGCAUGUUUUAAUUUACUAUCUUGUGGUUGUACAGAGCGGUGAGGGGUCUGAUCAUACAGUCCUGAUCAGGUAGAAUGGCUUGUCUUCAUGGCAUGAUUUCAAAUUAACAGCACAUUUUCAAAUCUAAACACAACAUGUUUUAGCUUGUUUUAUUAAGUAAUUGAUAUGUUUGCAAAUAUGACAUGGUAAGAAUCUACAAAUUUCUUGUUUUUAUUUUUUAACCAUUUGAGACUAUGCCUGUGUUUUUAAAAUCUUGUGUUUUAUGUAACUCUUUCUUCUAAAUCAAUUUCUAAAUAUGUGAAAACUCUUUUCACAUUGCACAGGGCAUAUUUUCCACUGGGGAUGAAUUGUGGUUUCGUAAAGUCACUGAGACUAAAUUUUCCUUUUCCUGGCUAUCUACCUUCUUCUGUUCAGUCCAUUUGAGUUUUGUUGCCAUCCAAAUUGGGUUGUGUUUAUCCAGCUAUAGAAAGUGAGAUGCUGAUGAGUGCUUUGGAAUUCUCUAGUAAAAUAUUCUCUGAAGAUGUGAGAAAUUUUUCUGUCAUCAUUUGGCAUCAGGAAUAUUUGUAUCAUGUCAAAUGCUGUUGGGAGCAUAUUGCUAACCUAGUUCUUCAGGCACAAUACAGUAGCUUAAAAGGGUGAUACCUGUAAUGGGUUGUUUGGGUGCUAAUCCUAGGGUAACAGAAUAUAGUGAUGUGUAUCAACUUAAAUGAAUUAUCAAUUUAUAUAGUAAAUGCAUGUAGUUUGCUAUAUAUAAUAAACCCUAUUUCAUUUACA